AUGGAUAUGGCAGAACAAAAAAAAAACGUCAAUGAAAAAAGUAUUGACGAAAAUCUUAAUAAUGAAAAAGAUUCCAUUAAUUUAAAAAGAAAAAAUGAAAAUUUAAGCAAAAGUUUUAAAAGAUUAAAAAAAAAAUUCAAAGGAAGUGGAGAAGAUGAAAAUGAUAAAAUAGAAAACAUAUAUACGCAAGAAAAUUCAGAAGUAUUUUCAAAAAAUGAAAUAACUGACCAAAAAGUUUCAAAUAAUUAUAUCUUUAAUAAAAAAAGUAAAAAAAUUAUUUAUGAAGAUUAUAGCGAUGAUUACGAAGAAAUGGAAAAAGUAAGGAAUGAAAAGGAAGAUUAUAGAGAAUUAAGAAUAAGUAAUGAUAAUAAUAAUAAUAAUAAUAAUAAUAAUAAUAAUAAUGCAAUAAAAGAACCAAAUGAAGAUGAAGGGGGAAAUUUAAAAAAUAAGGAAGAAAUUAAAGGUGGUAAUGAGAUAAAAAUUAAGGAAAUUGAAAAAGAAAUUAAAAAAAAGGAUGAUGAACAAAAUGAAAAUGAAGAGAAAGAAGUAGAUGAAAAUGAAGAAGAUGAAGAGGAGGAUGAAGAGGAUGAAGAAGAUGAAGAGGAGGAUGAAGAUGAAGAGGAAGAGGAAGAUGAAAAUGAUGAUGAAAUGAAAGGAUUUAUUGUUGAUAGUGAAGAAGAGGAAGAAGAAGAUGAUGAUGAUGAAGAUGAAGAGGACGAUGAUGAAAAAAAAGAAAAAAAAAAAAAGAAAAAAAAAAAAAAAAAAUAUGAUUAUUUUGAAAAUAAAAGUUUAGAUGAAGAAGAUUUGGAAUUAAUUGCAGAAAAUACAGGAAUACAAGUCAUUAGAAAUGAAAAAGACACAAAACAUAGAAGAUUAAAAAAAAUCAAAGAUAGUGAUGAUGAUUUUGAUAAUGAAUAUCAUAAACAUGAAAAUGAAAAUAAAAUUGAUGUAUUAAAAGAUAAAGAUUAUUUCAUUGAUGAUAGUGAAGUUCCAAUAAAAAAACAGAAAAGUGAAUUGAAAACUAAUUUAUUUAAUUAUGAAGAUAAUUUAUCUGAUACAAGAGAAAAUGAAAAUGAUGAAGAAAGUUAUCAUAUAGCUUCCGAUAACAUUUAUAAAACAGAUUCAUAUAUUCAUGAAAUAAUUAGCCAAACUUUUGGUGACGUAAAUACGGUUUUAGAUAUUAUUAAUAUUUCUCCAACUAAAAAAAAAAAAAAAUAUGAUUACGAAAAUGAUGAAGAUGAAGAUUAUGAAGAAGAUCAAUUAUCAAAAGAUAUUAUAUUAAAUGACGAAGAUUCAAAUAAGAUUAAAAAAAAGAAAAAAAAGAAGUUAGUUAGUUUCUUUGAUGAUAUUAAUGCAAACAUAGAAAAAAAGAAAAGUGAAGAAGAUGAAGAUUAUGAAUAUGACAAAAAUGAAAUAGAAAAUGAAAAAUAUGAAUAUGGAGAAGUAGAAGAAGAGGAAGAUGAAGAAGAUUAUGAAGAAGAAGAUGAGGAGGAAGGAGAAGAGGAAGAAGAUGAAGAAGAAGAGGAAGAAGAAGAAAGUGAAGAAGACGAUAAGGAAUAUGAGGAAGAAUAUAAAGAUGUAUAUGAAGAUGAAUAUGAUGAAACGGAAGAUUAUGAAGAUGAUUUAUCUAAGGAUGACAAAUAUAGUGAAGAAAAAUAUUAUAAAAAAAAAAAAAAAAAAAUAUUAAGUAUUGAAGAUGAAAAUGCGGAUAAAACAAAAGGUUCAAACUUAUUUGACGAUGAAGAAAGUAUUGUUAAAAAAGAAAAAUCCAAAAUAAUUAGCAAAAAAAAAAAAAAAUUAAGCUUAGAUAGGAUAGAUAGCAAAUGGAAGAAAUUUGCCGAACCUGAUGAAACGGUAAAUCAAUUACUAACAAGAAAAGAUGAUCUUAUAAGAUAUUCAGAUAUGCCAGAACGAUAUUAUUUUGCAUAUAAAAGAAGAAAAAUUAAGCUAACAAAAAAAAUGUUGCUUAUUGAAUCAAAAUGGAUUUUAACUAAAUUGAAAGAAAAAUAUCCAAAUUACUUUACUUAUAAGAAUUUUGAAAAAAUGAUUCAAGAAGCUUACGAUAAUACCUAUGAUAUAAAUAUAAACGAAUUUUUGUCCGAUAAAUUUCUAAUUAAAAAAUGUAUAUUAACUUUAAACAUGAUGAUAAAAUAUAAAAAUGAAAUUCCUUUUAUUUUUUUUCAUAAAUCAUAUCUUAUUUUUCCUCCAUUUAACAUUAAUAUUUUAUGGGAUAUUUAUGAACUGGAUAAUUUAUGGUAUAAAAUGUUUAUAAAAAUAAGAAAAUUAAAAAGUAAAUUAAAAAAAUUGGAUAAUAAUUAUAAUAUACAUUCCAAUGUUUUUGAUAUUCUUAAUAAAUAUAAUGAAAUAUAUUAUGACGAUGUUAAUAUUUAUUAUUAUUAUAUGAAGUAUAAUUUAAUUAAUGGAAAUAACAAAUUCAUAAAAAGUAAAAUUCUGGAAAUUGAAAAUAAUGAAGAAUUAUAUAAAAAUGAUAAUGGUAUCAAAUGCAUAGAUGGUGAAAAUGACAUAAAACAAAUAAAUGACAUCAAUGAAAUAAAAGAAAUAAACUAUAAUAAUUAUUUUGAUUCAGAUAUUAAAUAUAAUGACAAAAAAGAAGGAUACGAAAAUUUUGAUACUAUUUUGGGAGAUAUCGAAGAAAGAAACAAAAAUAAUACACAAAAUAUAAAUACAGGAGAUGAUUACUCCAAAGAAGAUAUGGAUAAUGAAGAAUAUAAUGGUUACUUAGGCAUGAAUGGGGAGAGAAGUAGUAAUUUGAAUAAAAAGGAAUAUGAUAACAAUGAAUAUGAGGAUAUUGCCAAAAAAGAAAUUAUAACAGAAAAAAAAAAUGAUUUUGGAAUAAAUAAUGAAGAAAAUAGUAAUUUAUUUGAAAAUGUAAAUGAUAGUUCUAGUUUGUGCAUAAAAAAUGAUUUAGUAAAAGAUGAAUGUAAUAAUGUAUACAACAAUAAUAUGCUAAAUGAUGAAAAUGAUUAUGCAAAUAAUAAUGAUAUAUAUUUAAAGGAUGAUUUAUUUGGUGAAGAUAUGUUAGAAGAUAAAAAAAAAGAGGAAGAUGAAAGAGAAAAUAAGCAGACAAAAAAAAUAGAAAGUAAAAAGUAUAAUGAAAAAAGUAUCCCUGGUUUGCUAUUUCUCGAAUAUGUUAAAAAAAAUAAUUUCAAUAUAUGGGAUGAAUAUUUACUAACAACUGAAGAAUUUUACGAAAAUAUAUCGUAUAUUUAUGACUUAAUAAAAAAUGAGAAAAUAUAUGAUGCAGAUAAAAAGAAUAAUCAAAGUAAAAAAUAUUCAAAGGAAGACAAUAAUGAUAUUAACAUUCAGGAAAAAAAUGAAAAAGAAAAUUUAACAAUUUUUAAAUAUAACUGUUCUAAGAUAAAAAAUAUAGUAACUAAUAUACCGGAGAUAUAUGUUAAUGAUUUAAAUAUACAAAGCCAAAUUGAAGAUUGGUGCAAAUCUUUUUUUUCAAGAGAUAUAUCAAAUAACAAAGAAAUAUUUAAAACAUUGAUAUGUUAUUAUUCCAAGUUAUUAGCUAGCCACCCAUGUAUAAAAUAUAUAUUUAGAUUUUUUUUUCUCAAAUAUGCUUCUUUAACUACUGUAAGCACAAAUCAAGGGGAGGCACAAAUAGAUGUAAGUAACAUUGAUUAUUUCUCUUAUCGACUAUAUAGGUUUCCUAUUCACCAUUUACUCUAUUAUUCAGAUAGAAACAAUUUUAUUAAGGAUAUAAAUAGCAAAUAUCAGAAUAAUGAUUUAUUAAAAAAUGAUUCAGAUUGUAAUAAAAACAAUAAAACAGAUAUAUUUGAGAUGACUCACGACCCUUGUUAUAUACAUAAUUAUAAUGUAGACUUUUUUAAUACGCAAUUAGAUGAAAGUGAUAUUAAUAUCGACAUAAAAAAAAAAGAAUUAGAGAAUUACUAUAAUUUGCAUAAAUAUAAGCAUAUUUAUUUAGAAAUUCUCAAAAAUAAAGAAAAUAGAUUAGUUAAUUUAAUAAUUCACCCUAUAUUGCCACAUGAAAACGUUCCAUGGAAAAAUGAAGAUUUUAAUGAAAGAGAAAAACCAAAAAAGAAGAAAAAAAAAACUGAAAGAGAUGUUAAAAAUUAUUUUGAAAAAGAAAAGAAUAAAUUAAUAAAAGCGGAAACAAUGGAUAAUGAAUGGAUAAAUAAUAUAUUACAGCAAUUAUCAUAUGCAUAUUGUUAUAAUGAUAUGGAAAACAAUAAUAUUUUUGUAUAUAUACAAAAAAAAAUCUUAAAUAACUUUUUAUGUGUUGAAUUGCUACCUUUAUUUAAAAAAAAUGUUGAAAACUUAUUGUUAGCUAGUGCUCAAAAUUGGCUAAUGAUAUAUAUACAUCAAUCUUUUUAUUUAACUUUAAAUGUGAAACCAAUUAAAAUAUUAAGAAAUUAUAAUGAAGAACGAAAAAAAAAAGCAAAAAAAAAUAAAGAUAUGGAAAGUUUAGGUGAUAAUGAUUAUUCUUCCGAUUCUAGAAGCAAAGAAUCUCACUCAAAAUACGAUGAUGAAGAUAGUAAUAAUAAGAGAGAUAACAAUUAUAAGAAGAAUAAAAAAAAGUAUUAUAGUGAAUCAUAUAGUAGUGAUUCAAGCAAUAGAAAUAACGAAAGAGAAAAGGAAGAAAAAAGUAGAGAAAGAAAAAAAGAAAAAAAAAGAAAAAAAAAAAAAGAUAAAAAAUAUUACAAGGAUUCCUACAAAUCUAAUUUAUUUCAUUCUUCACAUUCUUCAGAUGAUAGCAUAUAUAAAUCAGAUGAAUUAAAAGAAAAAGAAAAUAAUUAUAAAAAAAAUUCAAGUUCUGAUAAUUUCUCUGAUAAAUCAGAAAAAAGCUACAUUUCUAAUAAAAAUGAUGAAGAAAAAAAAAAACAAUCUAUAUUAAAAAAUAUCAAAAAAAAUCAUAAUGUUUACGAAGUUAUAUCAAUUGUCUGUGAAAAUAUUAACUUUAGUAUAAGGUUGCAUAUAAUGGCAUGUGAUAUAUAUGGAGAUAUAAUUGAAUAUAAACAUUUAGAUAAUAUAUAUUUAGAUGUUAUAAAAAAAGAAAAAACAGCACUAGAAAAAGAAAAAAUAUCAAAAGAUAUAAACAUAUUUAUGUUUCUUUUAAAAAAAAUUAAACCAGAUAUAAUAGUUGUUGGAAUUAGAGAUGUUCAUUCAUAUUUAAUUUAUUCAUAUAUAGUAGAUUUAUUGAAUAAUAAUAGUCAUGGUUAUAAUAAUGAUAAUAAUGGAAAUAGAAAUAAAAAUAAAAAUAAUAAUAACAAAAAUAAUCAUAAAUAUAUGAUUAUACCUGAAAAUUUAUAUAUCCCUUGUAUAGUUACAAAUAGCUUAAAAUAUAGCAUUGAUUUAACUAAUAAAUAUUCAAGAGAAGCAUUGGUUUGCUUAUCUCUGUGCCGUUUCAUUCAAAACCCAUUAUGUGUUUUGAUUUCAUUAUUUGAUGAAGAAAAUAGAAACAUGUUUAACAUAUGUUUACAUGAUUUACAAAAAUAUAUAUGUAGCUAUAAAUUAGAAUCAUUAUUUCUUAGAAUUAUUAUUGAUGUUGUUAAUAAAACAGGAUGCGAUAUAAAUUUUUUAAAGAAAAAAAAAAAACAUUUAGGAAAAAUGAUAAGCUAUAUAUCUGGUUUAGGUUUAAGAAAGGGAGAAGAGUUAAUGAAAUUAUUGCAUAGUAAAAAUUUAAAUACUCGUGAAGAUUUGCUAACAUUAUCAUCUAAUAAAAAUUUAAUUGGAAAAUGCGUAUAUAGAAAUUGUUCUUCUUUUAUUAGAAUAAUUGGAAAUAGAGAUGAGUAUGUUGAAGCGUUAGAUAAUACAAGAAUACAUCCAUUAAACUGUUAUAAUAUAAUACAUGAACUUAUUAAAAAUUCAGUUGAUAAGAAGAAUAACUUUUUAAAAAAUACUAAUACAUAUGAUAUUGUUAACUAUAUUAUUGACAAAAAAAAGUUUAUAAAAAAUAUGGAAAUAAAAGAAUAUUCGAGAAAAAUUUACGAAGAAAAAAAAAUUUAUAUAUAUCCUUAUUUAAAAUUUAUAAAAAAUGAAUUAUUACAUCCAUAUAAAGAUUACCGUUAUAACUAUGAAAAGAAAAAAGAAGAAGAGUUAUUUUAUUUAAUUAUAAAUGAAAAAAAAGAAAAUUUAACGAUUGGAUCAGAAGUAGUAUGCAGAAUAAAUUAUAUAAAUAAAAACAAUAAUUAUAUAAAAGUUACAAUACUGCCAUACAACGUUAGAGGGGUAAUUAAUGACUCAAAAGAAUUUUUAAGACAAUUAAGAAAUUAUUUCAAUGAAAAAAUGAAUCUCAUUAACGCAAACCUUGAAAACAUAAACUCUAUUAAUAGAAAUAAUUUUUAUAAUAAGAAUGACAAUAUGAAAGAUAUUCAGAAUAUAAAUAAUUCAAUAAUAGGUGAAUUAAUUAAAGGAAGAAUAGUAACUAUUAAUUAUAAUUUGGAUAAUAAAUUUGAAACUAAUUUUCAUGUAGUUGUAACUGAAGAAAAUAUCAAAAAAAUAAAAAAACAAAUUUUUUUAGAAAAUUUAAAAUAUCCUUUUAAUUAUGAUAAUUUAUCACCUUUAAUAGAAUUAGAUAUAAAUCAUGAUAACAAUAAUUUCAUUGAAAAUCACUUUAAAAAGUUAAAUGACAAUGAAGAUUUUGAAGAAUGCGAUGACGAUCAAAGAAUUAAAAUUAAAAAUAAAAAUAAAUAUUAUCAAAAUAAAAAAUUUGUUAAUCAUCCAAAUUUUAAAUUGUGGAAUUAUCAUGAAGUUCAUGCAUAUUUAAAACAACAAAAUAUAUCAAUUGGUGAAGCCAUUAUAUAUCCAUCAAAUGAAAUAAAUAAAUUAUAUUUACUUAUUAAAACCAGUGACAAUCCUUUUAUUGUGGCAAAAUUUACUAUAUUGGAAAAAAAUAUUCAACUUAAUAAUUUAAGUAAAAAUAUGCAAUCAUUACAACAUAUAUACAUAAUCAAUAAUGAGCAAUUUAAUUCAAUAGAUCAAAUAAUUUCUAUUUUAUGUGAAAAUUUAAAAAAAAACUUAUUAGAAAUAUACAAGCAUCCUAAAUGUAAAAAACGAAAAACUAUUGAAGAAGUAAGGAAAGAAUUAUAUCAAGAAAGCUUGUUGAAACCUGAUAAUAUUGUUUGGUCUGUUGUACCCCCUAUGUUAUCACCAAAAAAUAAAAAUGAAACAGAAAAAAAUAUUCAAGAUUUUAAUCCAUUAAGAUUUACAUUAAUGGUUAUUCCACCGUAUAAUCAUCAUCAACAUUUAUAUUCCAAUUUCAAUAAUGUAUAUCAACAAAAAGAUUUAAUAGUACUUCACGAUUCUAUUUAUGUUGAUCAUAAAUCUUUUAAACUUUGGACAAAAAUGGAAAAAAGUUUUAAAAACUUAAUCAACUGGUGGAAAGAAAAAGGGUAUUGGAGUCGUCAGAAUGAAAGACAAGAGUAUAUGAACGAAAAAAAGAAGAAAAUGGAAGAAUAUAAAAAAAUUAAAGGAAUAAAAAAUUGA